UGCGGGGGGGUGAGCGAGGACAGCCUGCAUCGCUGUCGGCAGGGAGGGAAGGGAAAGGGGCGGUGGGGCCCGAGAGCGGGCGGGGCCACCGCGGGCCGCGCUUCCCCUGCGGCUAGACCCGGGGGGGGCGGUGCUCGUUUAGGCCCGCGGCCGGCCGGCCCCGCCGGACCUUUCUCCGACCGGGUGAAGGCCGCUCCGCUCUCUCCCGCCCCCGGGCUCCACACGCCGCCCGGGCUCGGUGCGGGGGCGGCGGCAAGGCCGCUGUCUGGCGGGGGACUUGGCCGUUGCUGCGCUCCAGUUACCUGUUCGGCGCCCUUUUCCGGCGGCAGGAGGAGUGUGAGGCCGCCGCUCGCGCCCGGCUCUGUGCGUGAGGAGUGGCACCACCAGUACGUUUGUAUUAGAAGACAAGGACAUUCUGGAGUGCCUCUGUCAUCCAAGGACAAAAGCUGUCAGUUACAAUAUGCUUCAGAGGUGAAGACCAAGCCUGUUUGGUUAAUGAAUUUAAGAAAUGCAGGAACUCUGAAUGGCACAAGUUACGGGCUUGUAUGUCAUAGCUCUUUAGAUGAGACCACAUACGAAAAACUGGCUGAAGAAACACUGGACUCCUUAGCAGAUUUCUUUGAGGACCUGACAGAUAAGCCUUUUACCCCAGAAGAUUAUGAUGUCUCUUUAGGGAGUGGAGUUCUAACAGUUAAAUUGGGUGGAGACAUGGGAACAUAUGUAAUCAAUAAGCAAACACCAAACCGGCAGAUUUGGCUGUCCUCACCCACUAGUGGGCCUAAGCGCUAUGACUGGACUGGACGGAAUUGGGUGUAUUCUCAUGACAGAGUAUCCCUUCAUGAACUACUAUCAAAAGAAUUUUCAACAGCAUUAAAAACUAAAUUGGAUUUGUCCUCCUUAAUAUAUUCUGGGAAAGAGGAUACUUGAAGAUACCUCAUGGAAGUUUAGACUUUAACCAUGAGCCAAGUCCUUCCCUGGUUUCUGAAGAACCUGAGCUUAAUUCUUUUGUUUUUCUUGACAUCACUAUGUUGUGCAACAAAAAUGAAAAUAAUAUAAUUUUCUCUAAUGCUCAGUGUUUGGGUUUCUGUGUCGCUGCUUGAGUCUGUGUCCAUGUGGUACAGGUGGUUGAGGUCACCCUUUUUGUCACUCCAGAAGUCAGUCAUGAAUUCUUACUGUCUGUAACCUUGUCUGGAUGUAUGGACUGACCCACCUGGUGACUUCUGACCAGCACACAAAUGCUAAAUUCCUUUUGGUGAGACAUUAGCCCAAAACAAGAAAUGCUUGCAAAUAGCAUUGACAUGAGUUAUGGUGCUGUAGAUGCAUUGCUUUAAAAUCUGUGCCUAUCGUGAGUGAAUAAUGCGUCACAGUCAAAUUGAACAUGUCGUAAAUGGAAUGACUGUGGCAGGUAGAAACUGUUCAUUUUGUGUAAUGCAUGUAACAAGUUUUUUUCUUGGUAUUGCAGAACUUGCUCUUUUCUCCAAAUUCUAAAUUCUAGUUUCUUUCACAUUAGGAUUUUUUUUUUUUUUGAGCUAAACUUUAAAUUACUUAGAGGUCUAUGUGGCUGUAAGCAUCAUAUCGAACUGGAAAAGCUGGUACAUAAUGUUUAAGCUGUGCAGCAGUAUCACUGCAAACAAUUCUGUUACAUGGGUUUCUCUUUCUAUUCCCCUUUGUUCUUUAGAGACUAAAAAUAUAUAAUUUAUUGACUUUUUUUUUUUUCAGUUGAGCAAAAUUAAGAUCCUCUCAUGGCAACAAAAAUUUGGACUAAUUUUGUCCUGCUGCGUUUCUUAAAUAAGUGGGCUUAGAUUAUCUUUUUUUCACCAUGAUACAACAAGGCUCUCCUUAGUACCAUGCUGAUGCAGAAACUUUUGCCUUUUUGUUUCUUAGAAUUGAGUAUGAAGCUGUCUUUUUCAGGCUGUUAAAAAUGAGAAUGAAAUUAUAUACUCUGGAUCUUAAACCAAAAAGCUUUAAAAAGAAACCAUGAACUGCAAGAACACUUCAACACUUGCACUGUUGUAUUUUUACCACUGGUGGUUCUUAAUUGCCUAUAAAAUGGAAGCACAAAGUUGUUGACUAAUUCUUGAGGAAACAAUUAUACCAUACUCUUAGAAAUUGUUUAUCAAUGUAUGAAAAGAUGUUCAGUGCAAACUGUUUUUUCUUCUUGGUUCCUCCGACGCUUGUGGUUAGUUUGGCAUGAUUCUCUUGCUAAAAUUAUCACAGAUGUGAUUAAUUUUGUCACUGAAAAAUAAAAGCUAUGUAGUAUUGUU